AUGAAGAAAAAGGAUAAGGUGAACAUCAACAGCAUCAGUGGCAGCAUGGUGUCAAUGGGCCACGAUGGGAGCAAUGUCUCGGAAGGCUACGGUGCGUAUCAGUCACAGGAACAAAUUAUUGUUCCAGACACCAAGAGCCAAGACUUCGAAAUUGGAAAGUCAAUUGAGGCGACUGAUGGACAUCACAUUGUUUCACAUCCUACAUCAUAUGCAGACACGAUGUUGCAUCUGUUCCGAGGCAAUAUCGGCUCCGGUCUCUUGGCGAUGGGAGACGCGUUUAAAAACGGUGGUAUUGUGUUCGCCACCAUUUCCACCGUUUUACUUGGCAUCAUUUGCGUGCACGCACAACAUUUGCUGUUAAAUUGUUCGGAAGAAAUGUAUCGUCAAACAAAGAGGGACAAGCCUCCCGGUUUCGCGGAGACGGUGGCGCUGGUGUUCGCUAAUGGCCCCACGAGACUUCGCCCCCUCGCCAGUACAAUGCGGGUGCUUGUCAACACGUUCCUUUGUAUCACGCAGCUGGGAUUCUGUUGCGUUUAUAUUGUGUUUAUUGCAAAUAAUAUUAAAAUGAUUUGCGACCAAUACAAUAUCCACAUUGACCUCUCAAUCCACAUGAUAAUAGUCGUAGUGCCGGUUCUUCUGUCCUGCAUGGUGCGUAAUCUAAAAUAUCUGACACCGUUCUCCACUAUCGCCAACUUGUUAAUGGCGAUCGGAGUCAGCGUGGUGGUGUACGAAGCGGCGCAGGAUCUGCCACCAGUGGAAACAAGAGUUUAUAUGGCAUCGUGGCAAUCGCUUCCAUUGUAUUUUGGAACUGCUGUUUAUGCUUUCGAAGGGAUUGGUUUGGUACUACCUUUGAAGAAUGAAAUGAGAAAACCUGAGCUCUUCCAGAAGCCGUUUGGCGUUUUGAACGUAGGAAUGGUAGUUGUUGGGUGCAUAUUCAUUACAGUUGGCUUUCUCGGAUACCUAAAAUGGGGGGACGACGUUACUGGCAGUCUCACGUUGAACUUGAAGCCCGGCCAUAUACUCAGUAACGUGGUACAAGGUCUUAUAGCGAUCGCAAUGCUAUUCACAUACCCGCUUCAGUUCUACGUUCCGAUCUGCAUUACGUGGCCAAGACUAAGAAAAAGAUAUGCCAACACCUCCCCCGUGAUAAAGGAAUUGGGCUACAGAUCUAUCUUGGUGUUGCUUACGUUUAUCCUAGCGGAGUCGAUCCCGCAGCUUGGACUGUUCAUUUCCUUAGUGGGAGCGAUUAGUAGCACCGCCUUGGCGCUCGUCUUCCCGCCGCUUAUCGAACUAGUGUACAAGUCGCAGACCUCCAAGGGAAUACCAAUAGUAAUUCUAAUGAAAAAUAUAGUUAUAAUCUCAUUAGGACUGUUUAUUUUUGUAACAGGAACAUACGAAAGCAUUGCAUCUAUCGUAAGAGCAUUUCAAUUAUAA